AAACAUCGACUCUGUAAAUACAUGUAAUAAUUUCUUUUCAAAAAUUUAAAUGAUAAGUAACUAGUGCAUUUAUUUUUAUCACUUUUCAACUAAUUACUAUGCAAGUAGGAAGAUACAAAAGCAAUAAUCAAUGACGAAUUUUUAGUGACUCUGAAGUUUUCGAAUGCAUAACAACCAAGACAGUUAUAUACGUUGAAAUAAAAAAUAUCUACGCGCAAUAAUUUCAAAAAGAUCAUAUAUACAUUUACGUUUAAUUAAAAUUAUUUAAUAGAAGACAUGGAUAUACAAAAGUGUUCCGUUAACAAGAAUCCAAAAGAAUCGGCAAAUAUUUUCAGUGUUUUAACUUUUUGGUGGAUCAAAGAUAUAUUUUUAAAAGGAAUAAGAAAAACAUUAACGUUAGAUGAUAUUUACGAUCCAUUGAAGUCCGACGAAUCGGAAAGGCUCGGAAAUUUGCUCGAAAGAGAAUGGCUUUACGAAUGGAAGAAAUUACAAGAUUUUGAAUAUGUAUUAGGAAAGGAUGGUAAUAAAAAAUUAAACAAGAAUAUAAAGCCAUCCUUAUACAAGGCCAUAUGGCGUAUAUUUUGGCGAAAAUAUCUUAUAAUAUCAGCAUUUCUAUUUCUCCACACUGUUGUAUUGUAUACGUUACAACCAAUCUUCCAAGGGUACAUCAUAAAUUAUUUUAAUAUAUCUUUGAAAAAUUCUAAAAGAAUUACGAAGGAAGAAGGCAUUUUUUAUGCUUUAGGUCUGGUUAUCAAUAUCAUCAUAUCUGUUUGCAUCUUCCAUCAUGCAUAUUUUCAAAGUCAAGAAAUAGGAAUGCAAAUACGUGUCGCUUGUACUUCUCUAAUAUACAAAAAAAUAUUACGGCUGAGUAAAGCAGCUCUAAUGCAAACGACUAAUGCUGGACAAAUAAUUAAUAUUCUUAGCAAUGAUAUGAAUCGUUUUGAUAUAGUAUCUAUUAAUUUGCAUUAUUUGUGGAUUGCACCGAUUCAGCUCGUAGUAGUAACGUACAUAAUGUGGGCAAUGAUCGGAGUUUCAACAUUUUUUGGCAUUAUAUGUCUCCUUUUGAUAUCUUUUCCUGUUCAAGGACUUUUUCCCAUAUUAAGUAAACGUUUGAGAGCAAAUUUAGCAAAACUAACGGAUACAAGGGUACAACUUAUGAGUGAAUUUAUAACAGGCAUACAGAUGAUCAAAAUGUAUGGGUGGGAAAAGCCAUUCAGUAAAUUUGUGAUGAAAACACGUAUGGCAGAGAUGAAAAAAAUUAGACUUUCCUCGUUUAUUAAAGUAUUGGCUCUAUCUAUGUUAAUAUAUACUGAAAGAAUAACACUAUAUUUUUGUAUGGUGUCGUACGCUCUUACAAACAAAACACUAAGUCCUGAAUAUACAUAUGUAUGGACAACCUUUUUUAAUCUUUUACAAUUAACAAUGGUCUUACAUUUUCUACAAGCUCUAAUAUCCUGGAACGAGACCACAAUAACUAUAAAUAGAAUCGAGGAAUUUUUAAUGUUGGACGAAAUAAUAUCAAACAAUCAAACGUCUUUGAUGAUACCAAAAUACGAGAAAAAGAGAGGUAAAAAUGAUAUAGAGCACUGUACAAUCAUUUUGAGGAGAGAAGAACCGGUGAUAGACGUUAAACCGGAAAAACAACCAUCUAUUGAAAUGAUAAAUAUGUCAGCAAAUUGGGUGUCGAGCAAAUUACCACCUACUUUGUGUAACAUCAGCAUGAAAGUGGAUCCAGGUCAGCUAUGUAUUUUGUUAGGUCAAGUUGGAGCAGGGAAGACAGCCCUUUUAAAUACACUUUUGAAAGAACUUCCUUUGGGUGCUGGAACCAUAAAGAUUUUACAAAACUUAUCGACAAAAAUGGAGUCUCAGUCGAACUUAGAAAAAUAUUUCACUGAUAAUAAAAACAUUACAAUUUCUUAUGCUUCCCAAGAACCUUGGCUUUUUGAUGGUACCAUCAAAGAAAAUAUUCUCUUCGGUCAAUUAUACGAUAAUAAAAAAUAUAUAGAUGUGACACGUGUAUGUGCCUUAAAUAAAGAUUUGCAGCAAUUACCUCAAGGUGAUAUGACUAUUGUUGGGGAAAGAGGGAUAAUGUUAUCUGGUGGACAAAAAGCUCGAGUAAAUUUGGCCAGAGCUGUAUAUAAGCAAGCAGAUAUUUAUUUACUGGACGAUCCAUUGAGCGCAGUAGACACAAAAGUUGCUAAGCAUAUAUUUACAAAAUGCAUCAUACAAUAUCUUCAUGACAAGACGAGGAUAUUAGCAACGCAUCAAUUACAAUUCAUCAAAUCUGCGGAUGUUAUAGUGGCAUUGGAUCACGGUACCGUCAAAUUGAAAGGAAGUUAUAAUGAACUAAUUAAAAAUAAUGAUGAAUUUUUGAAAAUGGUCACUCGUAUCAGAAUUGACAAGGAACGAAACGACCCUAAAGAUACUGAGAAGUUUUUUGAUCGUAACAGAGAUAGUAUAAGGAGUAGAGCAUCUAUUAUGUCGCAAAACAGUUCAAUCAUGGAAUUUGAAUAUGGCGAUUACGAAAGUGCGGAUACCAGCGAACAAGAUGAAUUAUUUGAAACAGGCAAUAUUCCCUGGAAAUUAUAUGUAAAAUAUUUUCGAUUCGGCGGUUCUUGGUUAACUCUAAUUACUUUUCUAAUACUUUCGAUAAUAACACAAAUAUCUGUAAAUGGUACCGAUUAUUGGGUAUCUUAUUGGACCAAUUUAGAAGUCAUAAGAAGUUCUAAAAAUCGAACUUUAAUAAUAAAUAAAAGAAAUGAAUAUCAACAUACCAUAAAUAAUACAAUUUUGUCGAGCUUUCUAUCCGUAGAUAAUUUAGGAUUGUUGACAACAACGUCUGCCAUAUACGUUUAUACAAUUAGUAUUUUUAUUUGCGUAAUUUUGGUAAUUAUGCGCAGUAUCUUUUUUAUGGAAAUUUGCGUAAUCGCCUCUCGUAAAAUUCAUGAUGCCUCGUUUAACAAUCUCUUGCAAACUAACAUGCGUUUUUUCCAUAUGAAUCCUUCCGGAAGAAUUCUGAAUAGAUUUUCCAAAGAUAUAGGAGCCAUAGACGAAUUAUUACCAAAGCCUAUGAUAGAAGUAAUACAAAUUUUUCUAGUCACAUGUGGUAUUAUUAUUAUGGAAUUAAUAGUGAAUUAUUGGACAAUUAUACCAUUAAUUAUAUUAGGUAUCUGCGCUUACUUCAUAAAAAUAGUAUACAUUAAAACUGUGCAAAGUAUUAAACGAUAUGAAGGAAUAUGUAGGAGUCCAAUAUUUUGUCAUAUCAAUGCAACUUUAAAUGGACUUGCGACAAUAAGAAGUAGCGGUAAAACAACGCAAGAUAUGUUGCAAAAGAAAUUUGAUUACUUGCAAGAUAAACAUACAGGCACUUGGUAUCUCUUAUUAGCAACAUCUACUCUUCUUGGUUUAGUCUUCGAUUUAUUGAUAUGCCUUUUUGUAGCCUUUAUCUGUUUUUAUUUUAUUCUCGUACAUACAGAUAAUAUAUUAGGUGGAGAUGUGGGUUUAGCUAUAUCGCAAGCUCUUAUUAUAAUUGGUAUGUUACAAUAUGGUAUAAAACAAACUGUCGAAGUGAUUAUUCAAAUGACAUCGGUUGAAAGAAUUUUCCAAUAUAUGAAUCUUCCUAAGGAAAAAUCUUUGACAGUAGCGAACUCACUACCGCCAACAUGGCCGUCGCAAGGUCAGUUAGUAUUAAAGAAUGUUUCUAUGAGAUACAGUCCAAAUGAGCCAUACGUUUUAAAGAAUCUAACAGUUACGAUAGAAGCAGGAUGGAAAGUUGGUAUUGUUGGAAGAACAGGAGCUGGAAAAUCAUCGUUAAUAAGUGCAUUAUUUCGUCUUUUUUCUGACGGUUUAGAAGGACAGAUAAUAAUUGAUGAAAAAGAUACGAGUACUAUAGACCUACGUGAAUUACGAUCUCGGAUAUCUAUUAUUCCACAAGAGCCAAUUCUCUUUGCUGCAAGUUUGCGAUAUAAUUUGGAUCCAUUUAAUCAAUAUGACGAUGCACAUCUUUGGGAUAUACUUCGAGAAGUCGAAUUCACUGAUAUUGGUUUGAACGAUCAAAUUAUAGCAAAUGGUAACAACUUGAGCAUAGGUCAAAAACAAAUGAUAUGCUUGGCCCGAAGUAUGCUCAGAAAAAAUCGUAUUAUAGUACUUGAUGAAGCAACUGCCAAUAUUGAUUCCCAAACUGAUGAAUUGAUACAACGAACUAUAAGAACCAAAUUCGCGGAUUAUACUGUUCUUACAAUAGCUCAUCGUUUGAAUACUAUUAUUGAUAGCACUCGUAUUUUAGUGAUGGAUGCCGGAGAAAUUGCGGAAUUCGGUCAUCCGUAUGAGUUACUACGUGAUAAACCUAAUGGUUUGUUUGCUCAAAUGGUGAAGAAUACAGGACGUGUAAUGUCUAAGAACCUUUUACGGCAAGCAGAAAUGGCUUACCGGGGAGAUUCCGUGGAAAAUGAUCUUAGAUCAUCUGGUAAUAUUUCCACUGAAACUGAUUUAACAUUUUACACGAAUCAAGAAUAUAUAUCAUUAUAAAUAAAUAAAUAUAUAUUGUUCCUAAAAUCAUUUUUUAUUUAAGCACAUUUGGUAAAUGUAUUAUUUGUAAUUAAGAUGAAUGACUGUAAAU